AUGUCGGCCGGCGUGCCCAUGGAGCCCCAGCAGGAGAUGAUGUACGCGGCGCCCGCGGAGCCGCAGCGCAUGAACAUCUCCCCGGAGAUGUUCCAGAAGCUCAUGGCCGGGCAUCCCGUGACUGAGGAGGAGAUCCACGCGGACGCCGCGGCCAUGGGCGGGGCGGCGGCGCCCGUCGUGGAGGCGGCCACGGCGGCGGUCGACGCCGCCGCCGACGCGGUGGGCGCGAAGAAGAAGUCCAAGAAGGAGAAGAAGAGCAAGGACCGGACGGGAGCAAGAAGGUCAAGACCAAGUCCGGGAAGAAGAAGGGCUGCUGCUGAGCGCCGGCGGUGGCCGUUUGCCCCGUGGGGGCUUUUGAUUUAUCGCCUCCGUUGCCCGUCGCUGCCGUUUGCCGCCCCAUCCGCAGACCUCCGACGUCGUGAUUCUGUUGACGACGCGGCCCCCCGAAGCUGUCGACCCCAUCCUGCGCCAGGACCGGCUUCCCCUCGCGGGUCUCUGUUGGAUGGCCUGCGGGGCCCGGGGGAACGGCCCCCGAGGGGGUGGGGUUGCCCGAGUGCCGGGGAAGCCAGCCCUCGUCGAUUUUUGUCUCGGCGGCGCUGGAGGUCUGGGGGUCCAUUGUACGCGCUCCACCCGGGAGCCAAAGCGUCUGCCAAAGAGCUGUAG